AUGGCCACCAAGAACUACCAUGUGAUGGUGUUCCCAUGGUUAGCCUUUGGCCACAUGCUACCGUUCCUUGAACUAUCAAAGAAAUUGGCAGCAAAAGGGACACGCGUUUCCUAUGUUUCCACCCCGAAAAACCUGCAGAGAUUGCCCCCGGUUCAUUCAAGUUUAGGAGAUAAAAUAAAGAUGCUGGAGAUCCCAUUGCCAUCGGUAGAUGGCCUGCCAGUGAAUUGUGAAGCCACCGUUGAUCUUCAACCAGAGGAAAUACAGUACCUGAAAAAGGCAUAUGACAAAUUAGCCCUACCAUUUGAAGAGUUGCUGCUUGAGAAUUUGCCGGACUUGAUAUUGAUCGACUUUGCUCCAUUCUGGAUUCCAGAAAUUGCAGCUAAAUAUGGUGUGUCCACUGCCUUCUUUAGUGUGUACACUGCCUCAACAUUAGCUUACCUGGGACCACCUGUUGAACUUAAAAAUGGCACCCUACGUACCCGUCCUGAACAUUUUGUACAUCCUCCGCCUUGGUUCAACUUCCACUCUCUGGUAGCCCACAGGCCUGAUUAUGCACCAACAAUGAUGCGUAACACUCACUGUCCUGAUGCAUCUGGUGUACCCAGUGGCCAACGUAUAGCCAAAAUUGUGGAGGGAUGUAAAUUUGUUGUAGUGAGAAGUUGCAAUGAGUUCGAAGAGAAAUAUAUAAAUCUAAUUGAGGAACUCUAUCAGAGGCCAGUUUUACCUAUUGGCAUACUUCCACCAGCACCCGAAACUGGGACUCAGCCACAAACAGAUUCAGGAUGGUCUUAUAUUUUCAGAUGGCUGAAUAAACAAAAGUCCAAGUCUGUGGUAUUUGUUGGCUUCGGAAGUGAGUAUAAGAUGCCUAUCAAGCAAAUCCAUGAGUUGGCUUGUGCUCUCGAGCUUUCAGAGCAACCCUUUCUAUGGAUUCUGAGAAAACCAGAAGGCGUGGAGUAUCAAGAAGUAUUACCUACAGGUUUUCUCUCUCGAGUAUCAAACCAAGGGAUCGUUAGUCUUGGUUGGGCACCUCAACAGGAUAUACUAGCUCAUCCUUCCAUUGGAGGAUGCCUUUUCCAUUCUGGUUGGGGUACCAUUAUUGAAGCCCUUAGCUUUGGGCACCGUCUGGUUCUCAUUCCCAUGGUUGCUGAUCAAGGACUCAACGCAAAGCUGUUAGUGGAAAAGGAGAUAGGCCACGAAGUUCCAAGGAAUGAAGAUGGUUCCUUCUGCAAGGACAUUGUAGCCAACUCAAUAAGAUUGGUGAUGAAUACUGAAGAGGGAGAAAAACUGAGGUUAAGAACAGCUCAAGUUCAGAAGAUUUUUAGUAACCACAGGGUCCAUGAUAGUUACAUAGACCAGUUCAUCCAACACAUCAAAAGGCUAGAGUUUCAGAAGGGUAAUGAAAAGUAA